AUGGCACGUGGACGAUUCGAUCAAGCUUCAUCAAAUGUUCAAUGGAUGGUUAUUCGUAACACUUCAUCCUUUUUACACAGACGAAAAUUGGGCACAUUUACAACUGAACCAAACAAUUUGAAAAAUCGUAACACGUUCCGUUAUAAUGGUCUUAUUCAUCCAAAAGUUGUUGGUGUUGAAGCCGUUAAAGAUGGUAAAGGUGUUGUUUUUUCAACUGGCAGUAUCAAAAACAUGCAAAAACCAGCCAAACGUUUUCUUAAAACUAAACUUACCAAGGAUUCACGUCGUACAUUAUCAAGUAUCCGACGAACAAUCCGUCAUAAACGUUAUCGUAAAGAUCUUAAAAUGGCUGCUCUUCGUCGUGCAUCAGCAUUACUUCGUGGUCAACGUAUGGCUUUAACAACUGCUGCACCAACCGCUACAACAACAGCAGCAACAACUGGCACAAAACGUUCAGCCAAAAAUACAACAACAACAGCCGCUUCAUAG